CAGCUGACUUCGCAAAAUAUCGAAAUCAAGCUAGUGAGUGAUGUGACCGCAGACUCAAAGGAGCGGAGGUGACCUACAUGAACAUGACCGCCUACAACAAGGGCCGGCUGCAGUCCUCCUUCUGGAUCGUGGACAAGCAGCAUGUCUACAUCGGCAGUGCUGGCUUGGACUGGCAAUCCCUGGGACAGAUGAAAGAGCUCGGUGUCAUCUUCUACAACUGCAGCUGCCUGGUCCUGGACUUACAAAGGAUAUUCGCUCUGUACAGCUCAUUAAAAUUCAAGAACAGAGUGCCUCAGACCUGGUCCAAGAGGCUCUAUGGCGUCUACGACAACGAGAAGAAAUUGCAGCUUCAGUUGAACGAAACCAAAUCUCAAGCCUUUGUGUCGAAUUCUCCCAAACUCUUUUGCCCUAAAAACAGAAGCUUCGAUAUCGACGCUAUCUAUAGUGUGAUAGAUGAUGCCAAACAAUACGUAUACAUCGCUGUCACGGACUACCUGCCUAUCUCCAGCACAAGCACCAAAAGGACUUACUGGCCAGACUUGGAUGGGAAAAUAAGAGAAGCAUUAGUUUUGCGAAGCGUUAAAGUUCGACUCCUUAUAAGCUUCUGGAAGGAAACUGACCCCCUUACAUUUAACUUUAUUUCAUCUCUUAAAGCUAUUUGCACUGAAAUAGCCAACUGCAGUUUGAAAGUUAAAUUUUUUGAUCUGGAAAGAGAGAAUGUGUGUGCUACAAAAGAACAAAAGGAUCACACCUUUCCUAAAUUAAAUCGCAACAAGUACAUGGUGACAGACGGCGCGGCUUAUAUUGGCAAUUUUGACUGGGUAGGGAACGAUUUUACCCAGAAUGCUGGCACAGGCCUUGUUAUCAACCAAGCAGAUGUGAGGAACAACAGGAGCAUCAUCAAGCAGCUGAAGGAUGUGUUUGAGAGGGACUGGUACUCACCCUAUGCCAGGACCUUGCAGCCGACCAAACAGCCGAACUGCUCCAACCUGUUCAGACUCAAACCCCCCAGCAACCAAACUGCCAUGUCCAGCACCAGCUCGAAGGACCCCGCCAGUGCAUAACGUGAAGGAAAGAACUAACAGGACAGCUCAUCUUUCCUACUUCUAUAUAAAGGACUUGAGGAGAGAAAAAAAAAACAAUUUAAUAUAUCUUUUUUUAGGGAAAAAGCACACUUCCACAAAAAUAUUCUCCGACCGCCAUGUAAUAUCUUAUCCAACAAUAUCUUAGCGGCGUGUACAUGAAGUUUAGGACUUUUGUAUUUGUUACUCCUGACAGAGAAUGUCAUUUCAGCUUGGAGGUUAGUUUUUACGUUUGCAUACAGAUUUUAAGACUUCCUAGUUUUAGAACUUUUUCUGCCGACCCACCUGGUCGGUUCUUACGAAGCUUAGCAUGAGGUAAACGCUUUCACACUCUUCUGAGAGCUGCUUCUUAGAGAGGUGAGUGAGGCUUUCACCGCAGCCAAGGGACUGAUCAAGCCAAGUAUUGACCCCAUAAACUGUCUCCAAGACCCGUGCAGUCAUCCAAACAUGAACAGCUGACAUCUCAUGCCAGGCUCUUGAAAACCACUCUUUCGCCUCCUUGUUCAUUUUCUUCGAAUACCGUACCUUUCACUUGGUACCAUUUUUUCCUCUUCUCAGAGAAUGUUCUUCUUAGCAUCAGCAUCCCUCUGUUCACCUCCAUGCUAGUUCCAAGUAUGGCAACCUCUUUUGAAAAUGUAUGAAUUCCCUCAGAAUGGUACCAAAUGGGAAUAGCAGUCUUUAAUUUUCACCUUUCAACUGCAUUUUCCCCUCAAAUUAAUAGUUUAAAACCACAGCCAGCAAUAUGUAUCUUUUCUCUCAAGCUCAGAAAAAUUAGGUAGCUACCUGCGAAUAUCCAGCAAGCGAUUAGAUCUGCAUUAUGAGAAUAAAGUAGUUUUUCACAUUUUUUUUUGUUUAGCUUAUGGUAUUAUAAAGGAAAGAUCUCUAUGCAUCUGUGGAUUUUAAUUUCUUUAGAAUCAUUCAUUAUGCUGUUAAGAGUAUGCCAGCAAAACUUUAUAGAGCUAUUUAAUAUACCAAAUGCUUUUCAGAGAAAUGCAAUUUAAAUACUGUGCUUCACAUAUUUUACUAAGAAACAAAAAUAUUGGAUUAUUGUUCUAUAAUGUGUGUUGCGUUUUAUAUCUAUACAAUAUAUAACCCUAUAUUAAUGAAGACCAUUGCCACCCUAGAGACAGGCAUGGCCCUUUUAGAGCCCAGAGCAGGUGGCCACCAGGAUGCCAGUCUCAAGGUCACUCCUGACCCCCUCGGGCCUGGAUCAGAAUCCUGCACUCCUUGGCCUUGGGUUUCUAUUGGUAAC